AUGCAUUGUGAGAGGUUUCUCUGCAUCCUGAGAAUAAUUGGAACCACACUUUUUGGAGUCUCCCUCCUCCUUGGAAUCACAGCUGCUUACAUUGUUGGCUACCAGUUUAUCCAAACAGAUAAUUACUAUUUCUCUUUUGGACUGUAUGGUGCCUUUUUAGCAUCACACCUCAUCAUCCAAAGUCUGUUUGCCUUUUUGGAGCACCGAAAAAUGAAAAAAUCCUUAGAAACGCCCAUUAAAUUGAACAAAACCGUCGCUCUUUGCAUCGCCGCGUAUCAAGAAGAUCCAGACUACUUACGGAAAUGUUUGCAAUCUGUGAAAAGGCUAACCUACCCCGGGAUUAAAGUUGUCAUGGUCAUAGAUGGGAACUCAGAAGAUGACCUUUACAUGAUGGACAUCUUUAGUGAAGUCAUGGGCAGGGACAAAUCAGCCACUUAUAUCUGGAAGAACAACUUCCACGAGAAAGGUCCUGGUGAGACGGAUGAGUCACAUAAGGAAAGCUCGCAGCAUGUCACCCAGUUGGUCUUGUCCAACAAGAGUAUUUGCAUCAUGCAAAAAUGGGGUGGAAAAAGAGAAGUCAUGUACACGGCCUUCAGAGCACUGGGACGAAGUGUGGAUUAUGUACAGGUUUGUGAUUCAGACACCAUGCUUGACCCUGCGUCAUCUGUGGAAAUGGUAAAAGUUUUAGAAGAAGACCCUAUGGUCGGAGGUGUCGGGGGAGAUGUCCAGAUUUUAAACAAGUAUGAUUCCUGGAUCUCCUUCCUCAGCAGUGUGAGAUACUGGAUGGCUUUUAACAUAGAAAGAGCCUGCCAGUCUUAUUUUGGGUGUGUCCAGUGCAUCAGUGGGCCUCUGGGAAUGUACAGAAACUCCUUGCUGCAUGAAUUUGUGGAAGACUGGUACAAUCAGGAAUUUAUGGGCAGCCAAUGUAGUUUUGGUGAUGAUCGGCAUCUAACGAACAGAGUGCUGAGUCUGGGCUAUGCAACAAAAUACACAGCUCGAUCCAAGUGCCUUACGGAGACACCUAUAGAAUAUCUGAGAUGGUUAAACCAGCAGACCCGUUGGAGUAAGUCCUACUUCCGAGAGUGGCUGUACAAUGCGAUGUGGUUUCAUAAACAUCACUUGUGGAUGACCUAUGAGGCAGUUAUCACUGGAUUCUUCCCUUUCUUCCUCAUUGCCACAGUAAUCCAGCUCUUCUACAGGGGAAAAAUUUGGAACAUCCUCCUCUUCUUGUUAACUGUCCAGUUAGUAGGUCUCAUAAAGUCAUCCUUUGCCAGCUGCCUUAGAGGAAAUAUUGUCAUGGUCUUCAUGUCCCUCUACUCAGUGUUAUACAUGUCAAGUUUACUUCCCGCCAAAAUGUUUGCAAUUGCCACGAUAAACAAAGCUGGGUGGGGCACAUCUGGAAGGAAAACCAUUGUUGUUAAUUUCAUAGGACUCAUUCCAGUAUCAGUUUGGUUUACAAUCCUCCUGGGUGGUGUGAUUUUCACCAUUUAUAAGGAAUCUAAGAAGCCAUUCUCAGAAUCCAAACAGACCGUUCUAAUUGUUGGAACGUUGCUCUAUGCAUGCUAUUGGGUCAUGCUUUUGACGCUGUAUGUGGUUCUCAUCAAUAAAUGUGGCAGGAGGAAGAAGGGACAACAGUAUGACAUGGUGCUUGAUGUAUGAUCUCACGUUGUUUGACGUUUGCAGUCACACACGCAGACACACACAAAACCUUAGUUCCUCUUGUGGCAUCAGAUAGUGCCACCAAAGGAGACAUAUCACUGCUGCUGGGACUUGAACAAAGACAUUUCUAUGGGUUUAUUUUGAUUCUGCCAAAGUAAAACAAGACAUCAAUGAGAAGAAACUCAGAGUUUAACCUGUUAUUUCUAUGAAAAUGGGAAACAUUCUUUGUUUAUGCACU